GGACACAUACAUCUGACGUCAUCAACCAGCGACGCCCUCUUCGCGGGACAUUGUUAUUUUUAAGGCCAUGGCGUCGGUGGAUUUCAGAGACAACCUGCUGGGCAUCUCCUGGGUGGACAGCAGUCUGGUGCCUAAUCUAAACCCCUCAAGUGUGCUGGAGUAUUUCUCUGAGAGAAGUAACCCCUUUUACGACAGAACUUGCAACAACGAGAUGGUGAAGAUGCAGAGGCUCUCCCUGGAACACCUCAAUCAGAUGGUGGGAGUAGAAUACAUUCUUCUCCAUGCACAAGAGCCGAUUCUUUACAUUGUCCGCAAGCAACAGAGACAGUCCCCCACUCAAGUGAUUCCAUUGGCUGACUACUACAUCAUAAUAGGAGUGGUCUAUCAGGCACCAGAUCUUGGCACUGUCAUCAGCUCCAGAGCGCUCUCUGCUGUUCAUGGAAUCCAGUCUGCGUUUGAUGAAGCCAUGUCGUACUGUCGCUACCACCCUUCCAAAGGAUACUGGUGGCACUUCAAGGACCAGGAGGAGAGAGAAAAAGCCAAGCCUAAGUCUAAAAAGAAAGAGGAGCCCGGGUCGCUGUUUCAAAGACACCGUGUGGACACACUCCUGUUGGACCUCAGGGCCAAGUUUCCACCGACUUUCUAUCAGCCAAAGCCAGGAGAGAAGCCCAUUCCAGUGGAAGUGAAGAAAGAGCCGGAACCACUCACAGAAACGGUCAAACAAGAAGAACGGGAGCAGGCCACAAAGUCGGCGGCCCCCGCACCUGCAAGCAAGCCCCCUCCUGAGAAACGAGCCAGGCUGCAAUGACGGCCUUAGGAGUUCUUCUACUCUGCCCUGCCGCCAUGUUUAUAGGCUGGUGAACUGUGUCAGAGCCUGGAUGACAUCAUAAUGUUUACAGGCUGGUGAACUGUGUCAGAGCCUGGAUGACAUCAUAAUGUUUACAGGCUGGUGAACUGUGUCAGAGCCUGGAUGACAUCAUAAUGACCUGGUCCCAGAUGGAGUGUCAGUGAGCUAAUGAAGAUGUUCCUCCUAGAGAAGGUGACUCACCAUUUGGUUUGAAGGAUGACGCUCUGCUCUCAGGAAGAUGCCAUGCUCCUCACCUCCUUGUAAAUAUAUCAGCUGUUGUCUGAUACUGGGCUUUAUUCUCUUGCAAAUGUCUUAUAAUCACAUGGAAAUGUUUCUGUUGUGAUUAUUUCUAAUUAGGGACCGAAUGUCCAUUUGGUACAGAGGACCCUUUUGUCUUUCUAAGGUUUUAUUAUUAUUAUACCGCCGCCCUUUUUGAGCUGUAAUUUGACCCCCUUAACAUGCUUCAAAACUCACCAAAUUUUACACACACAUCAGAACUGGCGAAAAUUGCCAUCUGAUGAAAAAAAACAAACCCCAAAACUAAAACUUGCGCUCUAGUGCCCCCUAGGAAACCGUUAGGAAUGUCGUAGAGACAUGUAACAAAAACCUCUAUGUAGGUCUGACUUAGACCUACAUUUCAUACACUUACAUCCUUAAGCAAAAAUCAACAGGAAGUUGAGUUGGCAAAAACCCCUUCAAAACAAAAGUUUCCUAAAAAAUGUCAUUUUUGCCUCUUUGAGCUGUAAUUUGACCCCCUUAAAAUGCUUCAAAACUCACCAAACUGGACACACACAUCAGGACUGGUGAAAAUUGCGCUCUAAUAAAAAAAAAAACCCUCAAAAUUGCGCUCUAGCGCCCCCUAGGAAUAAAACACAGACAAAACUGCUCUUAGGAAGAAAACACAGACAAAACUGCUUGUAACUUCUGGUAGGAAUGUCAUAGAGACAUGAAACAAAAACCUCUAUGUAGGUCUCACUUAGACCUACAUUUCAUUAAUUGACAUCCUUCAGCUAAAAUCAACAGGAAGUUGGCAAUUACCCCUUCAAAACAAAAGUUAAGUAAAAACAUGUCACCUUUUUUCAAACAUUAUCUCCUCUGAGCGCUUUUGUUGUGUCGGCUUCAAACUCGCACAGGAAAGAGAUUGAACCCUUCUGAUUAAAAGUUGUGCAAAGAG